GCACGCGCGACUGGCAGAAGCGAAGCCGCGCCCUGAGGAGAUGCCGGACGGAGGCGGAGAGAUGGCGCUGGCAUAUCCAGCAUUCUGAGAAACGGAGAAUUGGGCAAAGUUCCUAUAAUUUGGAUCUUACACUUAAACAAUCCCCAACACACAACCAAGGCUGGCAGAAAGGCAGCUGAUCCACAGUGGGAGCCCGGAGAAUGAAGUGAGUUUGAAGAGAACAUGACUAGGAAGACAUUCCAAAAAGGACUGCAUGGUAUUUAGAGGUCUGGGUACCAGCUGUAAUGUGCACAUACUUGCAGAGACUUCUGUUCUGCUAAGGCUGUGGACUCAGGAUGCUUAAUCAAAGUGGUGGCUCAGAAGCAGACUGUUCAGUCUCCAGUGACUCAGACGAGAAGUGCAGUGGGUCUCAUCCGGAUGAACCAGGUACCCUUCGAUCUCUGAGUCCUCCAAUGUCUUGCAAUGACAGUGCUUUAUUGAAAAUGCACAGUGAGAGGCAGACUUCAGUGAAAUACUAUGUUGGAAUUGAUGUUGGAUCAGCAAGUGUUCGUGCUGCUUUGGUAGAUGAGUUUGGGACAGUAGUGAUGCACGCAGAACAACCAAUACAUAUCUGGGAACCUCAACCAGACCACUAUGAACAAUCCUCUGCUGACAUAUGGGCUGCUUGUUGUGCAGUCACCAAGGAAGUUGUCUGUGGUGUUGAUGCCAGCCAGAUUCGAGGGAUUGGAUUUGAUGCUACAUGCUCCCUCGUUGUCGUUGACAAACAGUUCCAACCUUUGGCAGUCAACUCACAAGGGCAAAACAAUAGGAAUGUUAUUAUGUGGAUGGACCAUCGUGCAGUCAGUCAAGUAGACCGCAUCAAUGCAACGCAACACAGGAUUUUGAGCUAUGUUGGUGGAGUGAUGUCUGUGGAAAUGCAGCCUCCUAAGUUGUUGUGGAUAAAGGAAAACUUACAAGAGUCAUGCUGGGAGAAGGCAGGCUACUUCUUUGAUCUUCCGGAUUUCUUAUCUUGGAAAGCCACAGGUGUCACUGCAAGGUCCUUAUGUACGCUAGUGUGCAAGUGGACAUACACUUCAGAUGGAGGUUGGGAUGACAGUUUCUGGAAGAUAAUUGGCUUGGAAGAUUUGGUGAAGGAUAAAUAUGAAAAAAUAGGAAACCACGUCUUGUCUCCUGGAGAGUCUGUUGGAAAAGGUCUAACGCCAGAAGCUGCAAAAGAACUCGGUCUCCCUGAAGGGAUUGCAGUAGCAGCAUCUCUCAUUGAUGCACAUGCUGGAGGACUAGGAGUAAUUGGAGCAGAUGUGAGAGGACAUAACCUGCCAUGUGAAAACCAGCCAAUUACAUCACGAGUUGCUCUGAUCUGUGGAACAUCUUCGUGCCACAUGGGGAUCAGUGAAACGCCCAUUUUUGUUCCUGGUGUUUGGGGACCUUAUUUCUCUGCCAUGGUUCCUGGAUUGUGGCUGAAUGAAGGAGGUCAAAGUGCUACAGGAAAGCUGAUAGAGCAUGUGGUCCAAGGCCAUGUUGCCUUCCCGGAAUUACAAUCCAAAGCUGCAGCCAGUGCUCAAAGUAUAUAUACAUACUUGAACAGUCACCUGGAUCUGAUUAAGAAAUCCUUGCCUGUGGGUUUCCUCACUGUUGAUUUACAUGUUUGGCCAGAUUUCCAUGGAAACAGAUCUCCCUUAACAGAUCUGACACUAAAGGGCAUGGUUGUCGGACUGACGCUGUCUCGGGGUCUGGAUGAACUUGCCCUUAUCUACUUGGCCACGAUUCAAGCAAUUGCUUUAGGAACAAGACAUAUUUUGGAAGCUAUGGAGGCUGCAGGCCAUCAUAUCAACACCCUGUUCCUGUGUGGUGGGCUGAGCAAGAACCCUCUCUUUGUGCAGAUGCAUGCUGACAUUACUGCUCCUUCUGAUCUCGCAGUUGGCUCUCAGGACCAUCAUAUCACUGAGGCUAUUUGGAAAAGGAAGUCCUCCUCCCACCUCCGUGUUUGCAUCAUCAUGCAUCCAAUGAAGUGAUCUCAGUAAUGGAAAUUUACACACGUGCCAAAUACUGUAGGAAUAUACAAUUCUUUGCUUUAGUGGGAUGAGCAUCCAAAGUGCAGCUCAAGGAGUUGUUACACUCAUGUAGUUUAGGCAUCUCUAAGAAUUCAGAAAACAGGCAGUUUUUAGUGGUUCAUUGCUCUUUUUACUUCUGCUUUUACACUGGUAGUACAGGUCUCUGAAAACUUUGUGUGAACUGAGGAAAAGUAUGGUGGCACCCAUGGGUGGUGAAACUGUUUUUGGCUACUUCUGCAAAGUAUGCAAAGGUUUUCAUUGUAUUUCAUUUUAUUUUUCUAGGGUUUUAAUCUUCUUUUUCAACUAUAUUGUAUUGGAAGAUAAGAUUUCUCUUAUUAUUUCAUUCACAGCUUGUGAAAGGUCACUAUUUAUAUUUUUCUGCCUUCCAGCAAAAACAGACUGGCUUUGUUGGCAUAUAUUUAAAAACAAACACAAACAACCUUUUUGGUUUUUUGCUGUUCAUUACAAAAGAAACAGAAAGGUCACCAUUGUAUUGCUCCUCAAGGUCAACUUUCAGUUUUCAGGUUGCUUUGGAGGGUGUGGGUAGGAGAUUACAGUCAAGUGCUUUGAGGUGAAUAACCACUGUUUUUCAUUUGCUUUAGAUUCUGCAUUAAUAUUUUGUUGAAAUUGUUUCAUUUACAUUCUGCUUUUUUUUAGGGGGAGGGGGUGGUCCUGCAACCACACAGCACAGAUUAACGUUCAUCUGCAGUGGAUUGUACUGUAUAAAUGGAGUUGUGAACAUGGAUUUUCAAGUCCUUUUUCAUUCCUUCUUUCUUUUUCUUUUUUACCUUUAAUUAUUUAUUGUGCAGCUACUGCUGCAUUGCUUUAUUCUUCCUAACAGAUGUGUGACUUUUUCCUGUAUAGGCAAGCCUGUCGUCCUGUCCAAAGAAGUGGAGUCUGUUCUUGUGGGUGCUGCUAUUCUUGGAGCUUGUGCUUCUGGGGAUUUUGCGUCU